AUGGAAGACAAUGAUUGUAGUAAUUCAUUCAAAUCAUUAUGUUUUCAAUAUCCUUGUGAAUAUAGUGCAAAAUAUUCUGGUUAUCAUUUAGAACCAGAUAAUAAAGUCUUAUAUAGAGAUAUAGAGAUACUUAAUGAAGCUUUAGUAG